AAGUGAUGGGACUUCAUGAACUGCAUAGAGAGAAAUAGAGAGAGAGAGAGAGAGAGAGAGAGAGAGAGAGAGGUCGGGAAUAUCAACACAAAGCAGAAUGAGAAGCAGCGUCAGAUUAUACGGACUAUUGGCUGUAGUGCGGGGAAAACUGAAAUGCGCAUGAUCCUAUCACCAACGCCGGAGCGAGAGACUUUCAGUUGUGAGAAGCAGAGAUUUUAGUAAGUGGGAUUGCCGUGUGAUUUCCAUGGCCGUGCUUGGAGCCUAAUUCUGGAAAGUACUGGCACACAGGGGACCAUAUGGAACUGCGACCUGCAAAUUGCAACUCCGCUUUGAAUAUGAAGGAAAAGACUUUACGAAGAAUCCAGAAAAACAGUCAGGGGAUAUGAACGCAGAUCUUUGUAUUUCGCCUCGGUUUUUUCAUCUGUCGGGUUCGGUUUUGCGUCUUUGGGGAUGUUUGCGAGUUGCGCCUCUGCGGCUUCGGUUCGGAUACUGACCCGUCUAUGCGCCCUGGUGCUGGUCGUCGCUGUGGGACUCUGCUCAGAGCUACGGGUCCGGGUCCGGCUCUCUGACGGACUGGUGACCGAGGAGGUGUUGGAGGCGGACAGUGAGAGAGACGCGAUCUCGCUCGAAUUCAAGCAGGGAGACGGGGCACUCAUUACUUUUGUGGCGGACUUCAAACAGGAAGUGAAGAUAUUCCGAGCGCUGAUCCUGGGCGAGCUGGAAAGAGGGCAGAACCAGUACCAGGCCCUGUGUUUCAUCUCCCGCCUCGGCCGCAAUGAGAUCAUCCCCAGCGAGUCCAUGGCCCGUCUCAGACAGAAAAAUCCUCAGGCCAUUCGCUUAGCAGAGGAGCGGAGAGGACUGGAGCAGCUGACGAUGAGCGCAGCGGUCAAUCUAAGUCGGGCCUGGCAACUCAGCUCUCACAUCCACAACAUGUGCAGUGAGGCCCGGGAGGCCGUCUACACCAGGGAGGCCGAUGUCAAACACUGGCUGGACAAAGGAGUGGAUGGCUCCAUAUUUGAGGUCCUUCCCCAAACAACAGAAGCGCCCAGCUUUCAGGCCUGUCACUCUACUAAAGACUUGUGGCAGCCCUGCCUCUGCACAUACAGCCUACGUCUGGAGUGGUACCCGUGUCUGCUGAAGUACUGCCGCAGCCGGGACUCCACGGGAAAAGGCUCUAACUAUAAAUGUGGCAUAAAGAGCUGCAGCAAAGGCUACCAUUUCACAUACUAUGUUCCCCAAAAGCUGCUCUGUCUAUGGGACGAGGAAACCUAGCAUUUUGUUCUGGAUGGUUGAGAAAAGAGAAAGCCAGUUCUUCUCCACCCCUGCUAUUCAGAGUAAACACAGUAACACUGGACCUCAGUUUAUAUGAUAUGUGAAGCUGUCUCAGGUGGGGAGGGGUGAGAUCCAGAUGUUCAAGAAAUUAAUUCAGGUUCCAAGUGAGACCAAAUCCUUUAAGGAAGGUGAGAUGCAGCACGUUGUUCUAAGAGGAACCACUAACUUUCAGCCUUUUCUGGGAAAAUGAGAACUCAUUGUCAGCUGUAAUGUGACUUGCUGCCACUUUUGUGCCUUUUUUUUGGAGAAAAUAUUGCUGCAGAUGACAGAUGCCAACAACUAUAACCUCUCAAACAAGCUACAGCGUGCACAAAGUUGGACAGUGCAUUUCUGGUCAUUUAAACACCAGCAGAGUCCCACUCUGAUCAGAGGAGUCAUACAAACCUUAUCUUCCAUUCUGGUGAAGGAAAAUUUGAUUUAUCUUUGUUUUAAUUCCUGUGAAAAACAGUUUGUAGCCAGCUAAACACCUGUUUAUAACAAUGUAAGCUGGCUGAAAAAUAAAAUGCUCAAAUGCUGGCUUUAUUUAUUUUGGUUGCAAAGUGAAAUCAUGGAGGACUAUUUUUGUAUCUUUUUUUUUUUUGGUUAAAAAUAACCAUCAGUUUUCUUUCCUGUUUGCAUUCAACAAGCUCUUAAAGUCACACGUCUAAACCACAGGUCCUCAGUAACAAGAAGUAUUCAAACACAUUUAACCUCUUGGAUUUUGGAUGUUCCUUCCAGGCUCAUCCCAUAUGUCAUGCUACUUUGUUGCCAAGUUUUCAUGGUUUUACAGAGAGAAUGGGUAAACAUCUUUGGGUAAACAUCUUUGUUAUCUUAUAGGACAGUUUUAGCUCUGCUUUGCUCUAUCGUGUCCCAUGGGGAAGACCUCAUGCUCACCAAUCACAUUCACAGUCUGUUUAAAAAUGUCAAGUAAACCAAAGUCAAAGGAAAUACUGUCAAAAGAAGGGUGUAACGUUUCAGUUUAUAGAAACAGGCUCCUCAGUAUGGUGUUUUUCCAUGUUAGGGUUAAUUUAAUACUGCAGUAUAGCCUUUUUAAUUCUCUAUACUGCCAUCUUCUGGUAAAACGAUGUUUCUGAUUCUCAUAUUUGCUGUUGUAUCCCAAUGCCAGAAUUCUGCUUUUUGGUUUCUGUUUUUUUGUGCUCCUGUCAGCAGUUAAAUGGCUGUAAUUUAUGCAUCUUAUAACCCUUACAGUACCAUUUACAUGCGUAAUUCAAGGAGAAUAUCUUGAACUUGUGGGACCAAAUUUCAUUUUGUCUGUGUGCUCUUUAGAGCAAUAGGUUGCAAGUAUAACUUUGGUUUGUCUUAUAUCCAUCUUCAUUUCAGUCUCAUAUUGUUUGUUGGUAUGUCCGGCUAACGAAAGAACCAAAUGAGUGAAACAUUUCUAUUUGUGGCCUUUUCUGGUGAUCAAGUGCCUUAACAUUUCCACUGAUACCUUUUGCUAUGUAAUUGUAGAGUUUGUAAACAUAUUUUUUCUAUGAAAGAGUUUUCAUGAUGUUGUAAAAACGUUGCCAUAAGGAGAAAAUGAAGCAAUUAGAAAAAGAGUUGUGUUUUAAAUGAAUUGUUUCAAUAAAGUCUUUCUUUGCACUGCA